UCGUUUUCAGAGCGCUACAUCGUGUGCACGUAUACCGACCUCGUUAAAAAUAAUGCAAGCGUAAAAAUUUGUCACAACGGACAACUAUUUCUGUCGUCCGAUCUAAAGCGUUCAGUGGUUUAUGAAUUAAUGGUGACAGUAGGGAAUUUCAUCGAAUGUUCUAGUGUUUUGUGUUAGUGUCAACCGAAGGGGAUAUUAAUUUAUCUGUGAUCACAUUUAUCUAACCGGAGACGAGCAACGCAAGUAAUUCUAAACGUCGUCGGCUGAAGACAGCGUUUCAGAAUUUAUGAUCGAAAGACCAGUAGAGAUCAAAGAAGAAAUCAUACACGGUAACCAUGAAGUUAUUAUAGCCGAAGAUGUAUGUGAGAAGAACACUGGAAAUAGGUUCAGAGACGGUUAAGAAGAAAAAGAUGAAAACUCACUUAAUCCAACAGUUAAUACAGUAACUAAGUAAGAAUGCUCAAUGAAAAGUUAUCCAGAACAAGGAUUGUGGUAGCUUGUGACAAUGAAAAUUGUUUGACGAGAUUUAGACGCGAAAGAUAAAGACUGCCCCUUAUGGAUCAAGUAAACGUGACCCAGAACCUGACGAGCAAUGCGACGGAGGUGGAAGACCCAGAAUGGACGCAGACUGUGAUGUUCAAGCUGCGGACCGCGGUGCUGCUGCUGAUCGUGAUCAUGGCGGUGCUCGGGAACAUGCUGGUGAUAGUCAGUGUCAUGCGGCACAGAAAACUUCGCGUCAUCACAAACUACUUCGUCGUAUCACUAGCGUUCGCGGAUAUACUGGUGGCCAUGGUGGUGAUGCCGUUCAACUUCAGCGUGCAGUUCUACAACGAAUGGAUCUUCGGCCCCAUCAUCUGCGAUCUAUGGAAUUCCUCUGACGUGUACUUCACAUCCACCUCGAUCCUGCACCUGUGUUGUAUAUCCGUGGAUAGGUACUACGCUAUCGUGAAACCUUUGAAAUAUCCGAUUAAAAUGACGAAAAAGAUGGCGUUCGUCAUGUUAGCAGCGACAUGGCUCAGCCCCAUAACGAUAUCGUACGCCCCAAUUUUCAUGGGCUGGUACACGACCAGUUACCACAUGCAAACACGAAAACUUAACCAGUGCGAAUUCAUAGUCAAUAAGCCAUACGCUGUCAUAUCCAGCUCGAUAUCAUUUUGGAUACCCUGCACCAUAAUGUUAUUCACGUACUUUGCCAUUUUCAAAGAAGCAAAUCGUCAAGAGAAGGCUCUCCAUGCGAGAGCUGGCAAUGCGAUGUUAAUGCACCGCCAUUCGAGGGACGUUGGUGAUAAGAACGGAUUACAUAUCAACGCUAAUACCCCAACCAAAGAUAAGAACAUUUUGAAAAUGAAACGUGAGCACAAAGCAGCCAGAACGCUGGGCAUUAUUAUGGGUGCCUUUAUCCUAUGCUGGCUGCCAUUUUUUCUGUUCUACCUAUCGACGUCCUUGUGUGAUACCUGUGAAUAUCCUGAAGUGGUGACUGUGAUCAUGUUUUGGACUGGUUAUUUUAAUUCCGCGUUAAAUCCGAUCAUUUACGCGUACUUCAAUAGAGACUUUCGCAACGCUUUCAAGAACACUUUAGCGUGCGCGUUCUGUAGUUUCUGUCGUCGAGGGUCUCACGAUUCCGACGCGUUAGAUAGACUGGACCGACGGGGUUCCGCGCAGUUAAGAGUGCCCCUUCCUUCUAGAAGACAGUCGGACCUUGCGUCCCUUUGAAUAUCGCCACAUCGUGUCCAAGUGACAGACGUAUGACGAGCCUAGUGUUUCAACGAAAUAUUACGACGUAACUAAUUCCGUAAGUGACUGAGUUAAGAACAAUGUAAUUGCUGUAAAUAUUUUUAAACGAAUCUCUCUAUCUCGAAAUGGUGGAUAUGACCUUCGAGACGGUUGUUUUUAAACUUCAAUUUUAUGGAAUCAAAUAGUGGUCUUACAAACCAUCCCAAAUACUUAGGAGUUUUAAUAUUGUAUUAACAGUAUUUUGUUUCUGUGUUUUCAGUUUUUAAAUGUAUAGAUAUUCUUUAUGAAUAACUUAGGUAUGAUAUAUCGAAAUGUAUAUAGAUUGGUGUGUAAAUAAUUAGUAAUUAGUAAAUAAUCUGAAGAUGGCUGAACUGUAGGCCUAAAGCUUAAAAUAACAAUCGAAAAGGCCAAAGGUACAUUGUAUAUAUUAGUGUUAAAGAUGCAGUGAAUCUAAAAUUCACACUGUGCAGAACUCUCAAUCUUCACAAAAGUAAUACAUAAAUAUAAUUAGUUAAGUAGACGAAUAAAAAUUUAAUUUUUAGGUUAGAUUAAAGGAUAUUUUAUGAUUUUUGAGAUUUGAUAACAAGAUUUAACUAUUAAAAUUAUUUAUUUGCCUGUCGUUGCGAAGGAAUAUGUUAUAAAUUAUAAUUUUUCGCUGAACAGUGAUAGGUUCAAUAAUAAAAUAUAAAUAUUCUUUUUAUCACAAAAGUUGCAAGCCAGAUUUAAUUAAGCUGCAAUAAUGUAAACUUCAAUUGAAUGUAAUUAUAUAAACUUCAAUUCUUGAAUCGUAUAGCUUGUUUGAAACUAGAGAAUUUAACUUCAAAAUUCACGUUUAACUUUUUAUUGAACUAAUAAACAACUCUUAACUUUUGUUCAAUUUAUAGAAAUUCAAAUUCGGUAUUGGUUUAAUCCAUGGAAUUUAAAAUAAGGUAAUAGAAAUGGUAUCUGCUGUGUUAAAUAAUGGCAUGUCGCUGAUUUGUAGCACUUAAUAGCAUUACACUCAUACAAAUAUACUUCAAAAGAACAUUUUAAUGAAUCUAGCAUCCAAAGCAACGGAAAAUAAACUGUAACGCUAGAGAAGUUUAUUCGUAACGUAAUCCAAACAACCAUAAUUUGGUUCUCAUUUGAAUAUUUACCAAUCACACAAUAAAUUGUAGAAACGCUCUAGAGACUGAUACCUACGUCUUGUGGAUUUCCAGAAUUCUGUAAAAAUGUGUAGUUUUAAAGUAAAAUAUGCCUUUGUAUACUGUAUGUCUAUGUAACUUUAAACUACUCAUUUUGACAGAAAUCUGGCAACCACAGACAAAGAUCAUUUCUAGAACGUGCCUACAAAAGUUCAUUGAGUAUGAUAAUUUAUAUUCAAAUGAAAACCAAAGUACGUUUAUAUGCAGAGUACUGGUAAGCACGCUAGAAAAACUUCUCUUAAUUUAGAAUUUAGAUUGAACACGUUAUUAUAUAAUUAUGUAUAGUUUUCAAUUACGUGCUGCUGUUUUAUUAGUCACCUGUGCGGCAACAAUCUGACACUCUUUUACCUCUUCUAUAUUUCUGAAUUCUGUGGUUGAAUCCCUUUUCUCCCGGGGUUAAUCGGUAAAUUGUAAUUUCAAUGAUAAAGUUUUGUAUAGCCGUCGGCAUUCGAGUUGUAAAUAAAAUUAGGAGUAAAUUUACAUUUAGGUAAAUUAUAAGUAGAUUAAGAAACAUAACGUAAUUUAUAGGAUAUACAAGAUGUUACUUUGUGAGCGAUCAGUGAAGUGAAAAUUUUUUGAGAUAGAGAAAGAUCUAAGAGACAAUAGGAUCGAUUAUAAAAAAGGGAAUAGUUACAUUCAAAGAUUUUAAUUUUUUUUUAAAUUACACGAAAGCGUAGCCGCAGUGAGUCCUAAUUAUUGGGGGACUAUUAACUUGGAAAAUCGUAAAUCUAGAACUGCUAAGUAUUAUUUUUUUAGAGGUCAAGCUUAUUUACAUUAUUUUCUUAUGAUAUCAUUUUAUUGAAAUAACGCACCUCCGUUUUCUUAGUUCAAAAUAAGAGGUUUUUAAUUUUUUUUGAGUGUGAGGCUUUUUGGGAAAUCUUUGUAUCUAACUACACAGUUUUUCGAAGACAUGGUUCCAUAAAUCUUUCUCUAUGUCUUACAUUGUUAGUAAAAUCGUCUCACUGACAACUCUCAAAACAACACCAUGUAUUAAAAAAAUCAUUUUAAACAUUAAUAGAGAGAUAUGAUAAUGAUUAUUAUGGGGACAAAUAACGCUUCAAUAGAAAAAUCGAGUUUUAAAAUAAUUGAUGUUCUAUUAAUUAACUGUAACAGACCGAUUAGAAUUUGGUGUGUUGGUGUCGUGUUUACCAGUCUGUAGACAUUUAAAUACUAACCUUGACUAAUUCGAUGGAUAAUAAUACGAAUCACAUCUACAAUUUUGGGCAGCAUGAGACCUUGAGCGGCUACAUUUUUGGAAAAGAAGGUUAAAUGUCUAUAAAUUAAAAAGGACAUAUUUAGUGGUCCAAGCGAUGGCUGAAUAAAAACUUCAGAAUUUCUGAAAGGCUAUGACAAUGAAGGACUCUGACCAAGAUAGACUUUAUAGUAAGCGGUUCGUGUGGAUUCUCCUUUAAGGCUUGAUUAUGUCAAAUCAUCGAUCAAUAUACAUCGGGAAUCAGGAUACUCAACAAAUGGUUGCGGCCGCGGCUCCACCUUAGUAUAAUUUUUUUUUUUAAAUUACCUACACACAGCAACGAUUGGUACAGACAUUUUGAGCAUAUAGUAGGACACUACAAGCAUUUUUUUUAAUUCAAGAUAUGCUAACGCUCGAAUACAAUCAUACUUAGUAAAAAUCAAUGAUGAAGUAAGUCCAUAGGCUGAAACACGCUUACUUAGAGUUUCACUCUUGAUGUAGGCGUUUUCUAUUCUCUACAAAACUUAACAAAAUGUAGCAGCUUUGAAAUUGAUACGACUAUCAUGGCUGCUCAAAAUUUUAAAUGUACGCCAAAUCAUAGAUAUAAUAUUUUCUUCGGUGUUCAUCUUAACUCCUCAUAAAUAAUAUCUGUCUGUCGAUGUCCAUAAUAGAUGUCUUUGCUUGAAACUCUGCGACCUCAAAAUAACUGAGAAGCUGUUGAAAGUUUCAGUGGUACUUACUGUACAUUUAUUCCUUCUAACACAAUUAAAUUAAACAGAGAGUUGCUUUCGGAAGAUGAAAACGGAUAAAUUGGAAAAAGAUAAAGCUGGAGUAACUUCUAUUUUUUGUCGGUGUAUGUCCGACUGGUUCCAAACGGGCUUGAAAAAAUAGGACCUACACCGAGAAAAAACCACAUGUAGACCGCAUUCAUAAAGCUUAGUAAAUGCAUACUGCAUAGGUAGUGUAGUUUACCUGUCUUGAAAAAAUUAACCGUUUUGUCGGUUUAACCCCGAUUAGAUUUGGACCUACCCGGAAUCAGUUGGGCUUACAUCGACAAAAAUUAGUUCGAAAAUUAUGAAAACUCAUAUUGGAAACAGCUGACAAAGUUAAGCCUUAGUACAAUCCGUGAAGAACUUUACUGAAACUUCCACAGUUUUCGUAAUGAUGUCGCUCUUUUAAACUCAAUGUGUCUUCCUUUAAAUAAGUAUUUAGGCUCAAGUCGUAAAUGUAUUAGAAAACGUAAUAGGAAACAAAAUUAAGAAAUAACUGGUCCUGUAGCCAUUUUUAAUCUAGAUGUACCUAUUUAUUAGAGCCCAGAACUAUUAUUUCUACUACUUGAGAUUUCUACGACUGUUAAAGUCAUAAAAAUAUGUAUUUAAAUGUUAAAAUGGGCUGUAAAUGUAAUAAAAGUAAUAAUAUAUGGUUGUGACUUCUUUAGAUAUUACAACUAACUAUUUAACGAAAUCAUAUCUUAAUGUUAUGUUUGUUUAAAUAUAUCCCACAAAUAAUAACUUGUUUAUGAAUAAGGUAACGACUCAUCUCUAUGUGAGGUUUUUGUCUGUGUAUGCCCGACCAGUUCCAAUCGUGCGGUGCACUAUAAGCAGGAACGCUCUUAAAGUAGUUGAUUCACUAAGGGCCCCGAAUUUAUCCAAAAUUGUCGGACAUACACCGACACAAUCUCACAACACUUGAUCCGUUGCCUUGCUUAUUUGAAAUGAGAACAACUCAUGACAGUUUAAAUCCUAAAAGAACCCGGGUAAUGUAAAUCAUUUUAUUGGAGUAUUUUACCUAAUAUUUGAAUAUCAAAGACCGUUUUAUUUGUGAAUUGUAAAUGUUAUUUGUAUAAGAAACAUUGCUUAGCCAAACUGAAAUUUCAUUUGUUUCUGUUGAAUCCGUCCAACGUAAUUUUAUUUUAAUAAUUCAUUCUUUUUGUAAUUUAUUUCAAAGAAUUUCAGUGUAUUUGUUAAGCCUAAACGUCCACUAGGUCGCAGUAUUUCGCCUCCCAUUCUAAAAUUUAGUAUAUACAAAUUUUAUUGCUAUACACACAGUUGGCUUAGUACAGCUGGCCGAUAGAAUCGAAUAUAUAACAGUAAUCAUGAUUAACCCAUUGCCGGCCCACUACUGAGAACGGGUCUCUUCUCAGAAUGAGAAGGUUUAGGCCAUAGUCUGCCACGCUGGCCCAAUGCGGAUUGGCAGACUUAUGUAACAGUACCCGGUAGUAAAUAUAUGAUAGUAUAUAGUAAUUGGCAACUUCGACUAUAUACUCUAUAUAGGGCGUCGUUUCUACCACUCAUACCUAGUAACGUGUUAUCCUACGUAUUUCAACGACAGAGACAAUGGUCUACACUGAGAUGAACAAAUCAGCGACAAAAUGUUACAGGUCCUAUGACUCCUAUGAGUAAUAAAAACGAGGCCAUACAAAACCGAAGCUACUGAUUAUUAUCUAUAUAAUAUUUACCACUAGAUAUUACAUAUAGAUGAGUGUUUAGCAAAAAGACCACUCAGAUUGCUUUUACAUACAUAUAUUUGGCUUUCAGCGGCACAGCUGGGUGAGAAAUCAACUGGUCACUCAAUAUGACAAAGAUCCGUUAAAAGUGAAACAGAUAUCGAAUGAACCCGAACAGUUUUGCGAACGGCAACCCAAAUGAAGGCGUAGAAGGUGCAAUGGGUUGGUUUUAUUGUUAUAUGAAAUAGCUGAAUCAACUGUUCCGACCCGACUAUGCGAAUAGCAAUUCGAUUCGGCUCUAUUGGACUCAAUUUCAUAGUUAAAUAUAAGGGAGGCUUUACUAUGACGUAGACGUAAAUUCGUGUAACUCCAAGUAAUUGUAAAUAUGAUUGUGGAACAUAUUAAUAUGUCUAGGUACUUACGACUUUCAUAGAACUUCUUCGAUUUUAAACAUAGAUAGAUCUAGUUCAAAGUCAGACAGCAAUAUAUGUAACUUUAAAAGUCAUUAUAAAUAAGUAGAUCAGUGUAUAGCGUAGAUAAUGAAAUAAAACAUACUUUUUUUAUCGUAGUCUCGGAUUUGUUAAUUUAUUUUUUUAAUUCUUCAAUACAAUGUUUAACGAAUAGCAUGGUUGGUGUCCAUAUACACCAGUCUAGUUAAGGGCAUUUUGUGGGGCAUUGCACCCUCUAGUAAAGACACCUCUAUGGCUCCUGUAAUAGGGAACGUGUAUUCUGGUUAAAUUAGAUAUUUUUUUAAUAUACCUGGACUGUGAUACUUUGUAUUAUUCCUUGUUAACGUUUUUGUUAUCACUAAGGGCCAAAACACACGAUAUUUUCAGAGUUGGCGAUUAACUGCGAUCCAAAUCGCGCGUUUUUUCAAGCUCCCGAAAAGCAAUCAAAAUGCUGACAACCAACGCUAAAAGUAUAGUGUGUUUUGGCCCUAAAUGCAGAAUUUAUUUAGAGCUUUGCAGAGUUACCAUUUUAUAUUGCUAAGUUAUUUAUUCAGAGUUUAUUUAUAAGCCCGCGUUUAUAUACAGUUAUGGAAAGUCACUUGACUGGUGCAAACUUAGGCUCAAGACAUAUUGCAACAAUCGUAGAGAAACGACGCGUCUUUUCUAAAAUAUUAUAAAUUGAAGAUACCUAAGCAAAGGAAAUGGAAAAUAAACUGUACUCUGGUUUUGGGGUCUUGCUGAUCUGAAAACUUAUUAGUAAAUGUAUCGAUAAAUGUGUUGAUCAUUAUAUACUUAUUAUUUAUACGUGACUUUUCAUAACACUUGUAAAUAAGGGCAAUUUAGAUUCUAUCUAUCACAAUAACUCUUAGUAUUAAAUCUCGAUACCAAAAUAAUAAAUGUAAACUUUCGUUGUAAAUAGUCUCUUUAAAUUAUAUAGAAUUAUAUCAAUACAUAAAAUCGUACUAUCAUUGUCAUUAUAAUAGAAUCGUUUAAAUUAUUUGAAUAAAAAGUGGAAGGCUAAAGACACAUUGUCGCAGAAUUGAGGCGUAGUGACGCGUCAUUCCUAAAAUAUUUCAGUAAACCGAACUUUGCUACACAAUUUAUGGAUCAACAUAAAAAAAAGAAACGUUAAUACGCGCUUUCAACACUACGACAAUGUGGCUUGAACUUUAUGAUCUGGUCUUACUACGUAACUUUUGAUAUUCGAUUUUCAAAAUGAUAACAGACUUUUCCUUGUUUUUAAAUGUUUAUUUGUGACUUCUAACAAUGUAAAGAAAUCCAAAAACUAGGUACUUAUUACCUAUUUCUAAAAUUAUCAAUUUGAAACUUGACAAAACUUUGACUUUGUGUUUGUGUUGGGUGUGAUGGUGGAGGUAGAAAAAGGCCAUAGGGACUUAAAGGGUUAAGUAAGUCCAUUAAAAUUGGGAUUUUAAUCCUUUGGUAACUUACUUGUGAUUAUAAAGGUAAACUUGUUUUAUUGAUUUUUAAAACUUUAUUUUGGUACAAUUUAGAGUACUUGUAAAAGUUUAAAUCAAUGAAAAAAUCAAUUUGAUAUAUUUUUGUCUGUGAUUUCCUCAAUCAUUUCACUACAUGGCAUGCAAUUACUCUAAAGUGGUCAGAAUGUAGGUAAUGAUUAUAAAUUUUGAAUGAAUGCAUUUUAGACAAGACCUUGAUGCUAAUCAGCAACAUUAUUUUGCGCGCCAAUCUCUUUCAAUUUAUAAAAGCCGUAGAGUACUUGGUUGCCAAAUUGGUGUUCUGCGGUCAGUAUAACCAUUUCAACUUUUAAAGAAAUUAUAUUUUAUUCCAAUCACUGAAUAAAAAAAACAGAUUAAGAUCCGAUAUAAAUCUUUAGUAACCGUUUUAAGUAUAAGAAAUCACAUUACAAUGUCCAAAUCAAGUCAAAGUACGGUCCACAGAUCUCAGUUUUUUCUUGUGUUUGAAGAAUAGAUUAGUGCUCACCUUAUACGUUAAAUAAAGGGACGUAUUUAACGACCUAACGGGAACUGAAGCCUAGGAAUUCAGUACAUGAUUCUGAAACCUCAGUAUUGAAAAUUUUCAUCGGUGCUUUCAUGAUUUUGACGAUAUUCCUUUCGCAUUUUUUUUUUACUAAUUACAAACGGGAUCAGCUAUUAAUCUGUCUCAAGCUGAUUAGAAAUAAAAAACAACAAAUAAUAUUUCACACUUAACAGCAAUGUACAUUUAAAAUAUACGCGUAUGAUUAGCUGUUUAUCAAAAGCUCAUGGCAGAUAAUUGCGGCCGGUAUCGGUGUUCAUUGAUCGCAGAGCGUUUUGAUGGCAUUGUUCGCAAUACAUUGCGUCCUCAAAAAUUACAACAUAGUGAAAUUACAGUAAUUGUAAUUUCGCUACGGGCAUUAAGUGUAACUUCUUCACAAAGUUUUCAUUAGGGCGUUUUAUACACCCUUUCUCUGGAUUACAAGUAUUAUUUUUAUUAUUAUUAGUAUAUAUUUAUUAUCUGGAUUUAUUAAAGAUAUCAAAGUUACGUAAUAAGACCGACAUAGCAUGGUGAGAUGUAAUCUACGGGUAAACACCCAAUAUGUGCGUGUAUUCAAAAUGCUUUUUGCAAAAUAAACAAAUUGUUUCGUAUAUAA